ACAGCAGUAUGUGUUUAAUGCAAUUCAAGAAAAGACCCAACUUCUUGGACGGCCGACUAGAGAUGAGCUGAAUUUUCCUGGCUCCAAAAGAUGCUGGAUUCCAGGAAACGGAUGGAAGCAAAUUGAUCUCUUUGGUGCGGUGCUUGCUCUUGAAUUCGCUAGUAUUUGGUGUGUGAACAUCAGGUUGAUAUUCAACAAAGAAACACUCGUUUGGAUCCCCCCCUGCUUUUGCCACUUUCACGUUUAUUUUCUCCAGUUUCAUAAAUGCACAAAUGUAUUUUACUUUAAAACACCCCGUUUUUCCUUGUUUAGUCAGAUUAGAAUUCAGUACUGCUGAUACGUGCUUGAGUAUCAGUGUGGCAACCACAUCUUGGUGAAAUCGACCUUUUAACAAAGCAAGGGAAUCAAAAGUCUUCAUUCUCAGGUUUUCAGAUGUAGGAAGUGGAAAGACCCUGGUCAGUUCACUCAAAUCAUUUGACUCGGUGGCUUUGAACCUGGUCAGUGAAAAUCUAUAAUGUGCAGGUGUUUCUUGCUGUAUUUGCUACUGAAAUCUGCUUCUCUCAUAUAGAUCACUGUUACAGAUGAGGAAGUUAGUAACCCAUCCUUUUUAGAUCUGGUGAGGACUCCCCAAAUGAGGAAGUGCACACUUAUUCUUAUGUUUGCUUGGUUCACAAGUGCCGUGGUUUAUCAAGGACUCGUCAUGCGCCUGGGGAUUAUAGGAGGCAACCUGUAUAUCGACUUCUUCAUCUCGGGAGUUGUGGAGUUGCCUGCAGCCCUCUUGAUCUUACUGACCAUUGAGCGUUUUGGACGCCGCCUUCCCUUUGCGGGAAGCAACAUGGUGGCAGGCGUGGCCUGCCUUGUCACCGCAUUCUUACCAGAAGGAAUACCGUGGUUGAGAACCACAGUGGCUACCCUGGGAAGACUAGGGAUUACCAUGGCCUUUGAAAUUGUUUAUUUGGUAAAUUCAGAAUUGUACCCAACAACAUUACGAAAUUUCGGAGUUUCUCUCUGCUCGGGUUUAUGUGAUUUUGGGGGAAUCAUAGCCCCAUUUCUGCUCUUCCGGCUGGCGGCCAUUUGGUUAGAACUACCUCUUAUCAUCUUUGGUAUCCUGGCAUCUGUCUGCGGCGGGCUCGUGAUGCUGUUGCCUGAAACCAAGGGUAUCGCCUUGCCAGAAACAGUGGACGAUGUAGAAAAACUUGGCAGUCCAUAUUCCUACAAAUGUGGCAGGAGAAAGAAAACCCAAGUUUGCAGCUCGCACCUUUGACGCCCCCCUGCCAAAGACAGAAGGAAGGGGCUCUCUAGGUCGAUGUCUCUCAAGGAACCGAUGUGCCUUGCACACACGUGCGUGUUGUCCAUUUUAGCCACAUUAUGCCGCGCGGCUCCAAGCGUUCGUCAUGCUGUACAAAGACAUUCAAACUGCCCAGGGUAUUUUUAUAUGAUGUCGGAUGAAUUAGGAUUUACGGCGCUCGGGAACUUUCUGGGCGCACAGAGUAUGCGGCUGGUUUAGCAAAGAGCCUGUUGCACAUACAGCGCCCCCCCGCCCCAGUUUUUGUCUAAAGUUGGGGCAGCGGGUCUGACCCAGUUAUAGAGGGACGAGAGAAACCUUCACCAAGUUCUCACGACCGCUUGCUCCAUCAAAGAUGAAGGACGUGCAAACCAGGGAUCGGGGAAAAGUGUCCAGAGUGGGUUCAUCAAAUCUGAUCGACGAAUGAAAGCUCCGAGCUGAGCGUUCUGAAGAUUCCAGGGAGGAUGAAGGUUUGGAGAUCCUGCCUGUGAAGAGACUGAAUCUGAGGCCCCUGGGCCACGUGGUACUGAGGCUUUCCUUUCUCUUCUUGUUUUGCCCAGUGGAAGCCACUGUAGCAUCUGGGCCCGCGGGCGUGCUCGGGCCUUGUUCCGUGAUCAUGAACAAAUCUGCUGUACAAUUUGAGGAUUUGACCCUAUUGUUUUCUUAAAUCAGAUUUGGGCCUCAGAAGAUAGAGCCCCGUACUCAGUUCAGUAUUGAGCAAAAUCCAUGGAUUCCGACUUCAUGGGUCUUAAGAUUUUAAUCUUGAAGGGAUAUUUAUCUUAUAUCUUGUGAGUCCAGUUCUACGAUGCCGCCCAUGGUCAAGGGUGAAAACCAUGGACUGUUCUCAUUCAACCUUGACACGUUUAACCUGUCUUGGGAAGCAGCUUACAUUUUAAUUUAAAAGUAAGGUCAAUUUAUAUCCAUGUUUAAAAGAAUUGGGAGAAGCUUUAGAAGUGAUGUCACAGACACUAAUAAGGGAUUUGAUCUUUCUUUUUUUGUUACUGAGACUUUUGAAAUGCGGAGCUUAAAUACAUAUCUGUUACCUUUUCCUGCUGUUCUGCUUCGUAUGUUAUAUUCGUGGUAUUUCCGAUUCAGUAUGUAUCUUAUGCAGAAGUUUUUCAUGAGUUAUUUUGUGUGGACAGACAAAACGAGCACCGAGGAGAAUCUUGCCAACGAAGAAGACAAUUCUCUGUGAACACAUGACAAUAGGUACGGGGUGUGGGCUAAUUGUAAAAUAAGUUUUGUAAUCCUCCAGCACAACAGGACUGAAUAUGAAUGUUUUAUUUUCCCGUGAAAUAAACACUGCUCUUUGGGGACUUCAUGCUGUCACCCUGUACUCGUCCACACUUGCAGUUUCGCUGUUUUCGUGCUUCUCUAUGCUGGAAGAUGACUAUUCCUGCCUCGAUACUCUCACCUUCGAAUUGCAUCUUGGUUGCUAUUUUGGUUCCGGUCACAAUAAAAAAGUGUUUAAUUGUCAAGAACAA